AUGAACGGCCUCAUUGAGGCGCUGCACAUUUACGACGAACAAAACAGCCUGGUUCUGUCGCACACGUACACAUCGCGGCCGCUGUCGGCGACGCACCUGCUGCCCCUCUAUCUCGACCACCCCACGCCCCGGCCUAACCUCAUCUACCUAGCAAACACCAACCCGCCGACGCUCGUCUUCAGCCUAACCCACUCCAAUCUGCUUUUCCUCCUGACCAGCUCGUCUGAGGUCGAGCCGCUCCUUGCCCUCGAGUUUCUUCACCGCGUCGUCGACUCGUUCGAGGAGUUUCUCGGUGCGCCCCUGCUGGCCCACAAGAUCGAGGCCAACUACGAUGUCGCCGCCCAGCUCCUGACCGAGAUGUGCGAUGGGGGCACCAUCAACACCACCGAGCCCAACGCGCUGCGGGACCUGAUAGAGGUUGAAGGCCUGAUGGGGAAGCUGCUGGGAAACCUGAGCCUACCUACGAAAGCUGGAUUCGGCACCAACUUCAACAACUCGAGCGCCCCGUCGCUAAUUCCCCAGAACACACCCGCCCUGCCGUGGCGGCGGGCUAACGUCAGGCACACCUCGAACGAGCUCUACGCAGACAUAGUCGAGACGCUGUCCGUGACGCUCGCGCCCUCGGGCAGGCCCCUCGCGGCCCUGGCCAGCGGAACAAUAGCCUUCACAUCCAAGGUGUCGGGCGUGCCAGAUAUCGUCAUGACGUUAACGGGGCCGUCCGGGAAGCACAACCUAAACAGCAUCAUCGACCUGCCCGUCUUCCACCCCUGCGUGCGCCUUGCGCGAUGGAGAGAGCAGCCGGGUGUGCUGAGCUUUAUACCCCCGGACGGCCGGUUUAUCUUGGCCGGCUACGAGGUCGACUUGCUGCCUGCGAGCGACGGGAGGACGGGGAGUUUGGGACCCAACAGCCUGAAGCUCCCUAUCAGUCUCGAGAUCAAAACGGGUCUUGGCGCAGCAGGAUCGGAUUUUGAGGUCAGGCUCAAUGUCAACAGGGUAUUCGCAAUUGGCGGCAGCUCCCACCAGGCAGGGAGGCCGGGCCCGGGAGGGGGCAGAGGGCUGGGUGGCCCGCAGGCCGGCACGGCAGCAUCCCCCUCGCUCCACGACCUGAAGGUGCAGGUGCCCCUGCCGGCAGAUGUGCGGAACCUGUCCGAGCUGCGGCCCAGCAAGGGCGACGCCAACUACAACCCCGGAGACCAGUUCCUGGAGUGGAGCAUUCCGAGCAAGGAUCUGGCCUCGGGAACCUCGUACUUCGGCUUGAGAUGCACAGUUGUUGGGCAGUUGGCGGAGGAAGACGAGAGCGCUGAUCCUACGGGCUUUGGCUUCAACAACACGGCCUCCGCCGUGAACGAGUACUCGUACGAUGAGCCAUACCAGAGUUCCUCGGCCCCGAAGGAAGCGGGGAAAUCGGCCGAAGCCGAAAGCGAAAAGGAUGCGCGCAGGGCCGCGCAAAACAAGAUACUAAUGCCCAGCUCGGCCUCGGUCAGUUUUGCCGUCAAAGGAUGGCUAGCAAGUGGGAUCAAGGUGGAGAGCAUCAUUGUCGACCCCCGCAAGAGCCGCGGGCUCGGCGAGGCCGUGAAGCCGUAUAAAGGAGUCAAGUAUCUCACAGUCAGCAAGGGAGGCGUCGAGAUUAGGUGUUGA